GGAGCCCUCCUCAACAUUCCAUGCGCGAGCCUUUCCAGCUUUCUGUCUCCGGCGUAGCCGCAUAAUAUCGUUUUUUGGCAGUCAGUCCAUAUCCCUGGGCAGCCGUCAGAUGUUCGGCUGUGACUCCGAAUGCCUCUUCCUUGUGACUGAUGGAGGGCGUUGGCUUAGGGCGCCGCUGAUGCGGACAGGCGAGAUACACUAACACGGAAACGCGUCUUGUCACAAGUACCCACGGCCCACGCUCGUGCUCAACCAGAGACCUCGCCUGACCAAAAUGCCAUGGUCUCAGUUGUGCCAGAAGCCAAAUUUACCAUCUCCCUAGGGCGCGCUAUUGGCAAACCACCAUCGAACGAUCGUCCACCAACGGGCGCCACCAAGUGUCCGUCUCCCAGCCGUCGGGAAAGCGAGUUCCAGUCCACUCACAUUCCACGAACACAGCCGCGAACUGAACUUCCGUUCCGUCCCAUUCCGACUGCUAGGCAAGAAAAACACCAGAUAUAGGAUUGAAGGGGCCCAAAGGUGAAUGGUUACUUGGUCAGCAUAUAUCUGUCGGUUCCUGCUAUAUCUUCGGGCUGUUAGCGGUGUAUAUGGCUGUACAAUGUUGUAUACAGUGAAAGCAGCAUGGCUAAGACACUUGCCGAUGAGGGCGCUCCGGGUGGUUGCCGCUCUCCCGGUCCUGAUGGAUCUACCCAGCUUUUUCCGUUGAACGGCUUCGCCACUGCAAUAAAAGAUUAUUCACUGCGUUGCUCACACUCAAGAGAAUCGAGCAAAAUGCCGCCGACUCAAGACAACAAUCGUGCUAGUGCACUACGCCUGCUGUCUCGGAGAGCAGAUCUGGUGAGGAUCCAUCGCGCAUCCCUUCGACUAGCCAGCCUAUUGUUACCUGAGGCGCCGAAAACUAUCAUCGUCAUCACCACUUGCAAAUUGCACUUUUGUAUCUUGCAGCAGGCAACGACAUGAUCCGGUCAGAUAAGCUGGCCAUCAAGCGGAUGGUAUUAGGGUCAACGAUAUGGCACCAAAGCAUACUGUCACGGGCUCUAGAUGCAUCUGAUAUUGAGCUGGUAAGUACUAGCAUUCUGUGACGGUCGAUUAACACGACUCUAUUAUGCCGGCCACUAGGUCUAGCACCGUCAACGGUGUUGGCUACGUCUCUGCAUUGAAGAUCUUGACAAUCGAUAGCGCGUGGGCACAAGUCUGGUCGGGAGCGGCCACUACUAUCGCCUUGUCGCGACUACCACAGCAGUUGGUAUUGGGCUGCCUGGGUUGGAACAAGCCUCCGUGCCUCCUGAGGCAGGUGCUUGAAUUUUAUCGGCGUGUCCACAUCACUUGUGAAAACUGCUUCCCGAGAGAGCACGGGACACGGCGCUCCGUCUCUGGGCGGAGGAAGCACGUGCGGCGCUGGCGCGCUGGAGAGGUGUUGCUCCACUCCCAUCUCCUUCGCCCUGUCGACCGGCAGACAAGGCGGCUGUUGGCGCUUCGCCAUCUACCAAUGUUUGAAGGCUUGCUUUUCACCUACUGGUCGGUGUGGUUCGAAUCGCUCCAAGAUGUGCGCUUCAAGACCAUACAAUACGUACGACCCUCUUCAAUGCCGGAGGGCCUCAUCAGGUGUUCCUAGCUUGUCGAGUUCGUUGUUGAGAUGACGGGUUGAGGGACACUACUUAUAAAUAAGCGCACGCAUGAAGAGGCAGGACUUCAUUGCCGUGAUGGGGCCCAAAGUACGGCGGAUCCUGCAAGGGCCGUUGGUCCCUCUCGAAGUGACUGCACGGAGUGAUUGUUGUAUGUCCUACGCAAACGGAUUCGUUCGCUCGAGGAAGAGGCACUUCCUAUGGGAGAUGCGGGAAAUGCGGCCAGAGAGGUCGAAUAUUUGGAGCUGUGUCUAGAGCAGCUGCGUGAAUAGGAAGAUAAGGAUGCCAAUAAUGUUGGCGAAACUAAUGCAGGGGCGGUGACGGGCUGUUUUAGGACUUGUGCAUUAUCGUCAUAGUUGUGGAAGAGGAAUGAGAUUCUGUUGUAUUGCUUUGCAAUGGAUACGGGCCUUGUCGCAAUUCUGCGAGCGCCUUCCUCGGUCCACUGCAAUGGCUGACAGGGCGUGUCUGCUUGCCAGUGAGAAGGUAAAGGCGCUUGCCGUGUCCGCUUUGUAUUGAUCAUAACGAUGUUGGCGACUGAAUACCUGGGUAAGUUUCGUUGGUGAUAAGCACAUCUGUUGGUAUUGCCCUGUCGCCUGACGCCUU